AUGUCUAGUCAUAUCAAAUUCGCAGAGCCGAUUUCGAAGAAAUCCAACAUCGGCCGUUCCAGGACGAAUACUCAGGAAAAGGGGUCGGCGCAAAGAGCACCUUCGCCCGGGAGUGAAAUUGUUUACCCGACAGGAUGGAGACUUGUUGUUGCUUGCCUUUUUUCUCUCAAAUCUGGAUGUGACGAUUAUGACCUGAAAGGAUUCGAGAAGAGAAGCUGGAUUGUUACGGGAUAUUUGGCCACAUACACCGGGUCCAUGGCAAUAUGGACAAAAGUGAGUGAUAUAGUUGGAAGAAAAUCAACCACAAUCGCUGCCCUUGUCAUUCUGCUCGGGUUUUCUAUUGGAUGCGGGUGCGCUCAGACAGUCAAUCAACUGAUAAUCUUUCGAGCACUCCAAGGAAUAGGGGGCGCUGGCGCAUACGCCCUCACAAUACUAUGUGUCUAUGAAAUCGCUCCCAAAACGAAGCUUCCCAUGUACAGUGCUCUCAUGUCAAUAUGCCUUGUUCUUGCAUCUUUGAUUGGUCCAAUUAUCGGAGGAGCCUUUGCGCAAAACCUAGCCUGGCGCUGGGUCUUUCUCAUCAAUGCUCCAUUGUGCGCUAUUGCAAUAGUGAUUAUUCUUGUCGCGAUGCCUAUCAACUUUGGUCUUGAUCAACACAUGCCUUCAUUUAGAACUCGAGCGUCAUAUCGCUCGUUUGCUAAUCUUGAUAUCGUGGGCUCGGUCCUGCUGAUGGCUGGCUCGUUUUUGAUAGUCGCCGUCUUGAACGAAACAAACUUGGCGUUCUCCUGGUCCUCAAGAGAUGCAAUCGCGCUUCUGGUGCUUACGGGUGUCUCCUGGAUUGCAUUCUUUGCCUGGGAGUGGUAUAUAUCAGGCAUUCCAGGGAAAGACCCAAUCUUCCCUAAGCGAUGGCUUUUUGAUCGACCGUGGAUGGGCAUCCUCAUCACUUCCUUUGUCAUCGGCGCACCUUUCAAUGUCGUUUUGCAAGCUGAGUUGCUGCUAGGAAAGUCGCCCUUUGAUGCUGGUGUGUAUUUGAUUGGAUAUUCUGCAGUUGCUACAGUUGCUGCAGGCAUAAUCAACAUUGCCAGCUCUAGAGGACGGAUUCCUUUUAUCUACACUCUGCUUGUGGGGUGUAUAAUUCACACCGUUGGUGUCGGACUUCUCUCAACCAUUGCCUCUUCAAAGGGCUUCCAUGCAACAGACAUUGUGUAUGAGGUUAUUGCUGGUGCAGGUGUGGGAUUGACAUUGGGAAUCUUGGUGCUUGCUACCCCAUACAUAAUUGAGGAUAGAGACCUAGCAAUUGGUACUGGGGCUGUUGUUCAGUUCCGCUUUCUUGGUGGUGCUGUAGGUCUUGCCAUUGCGUCUAAUAUCCAAAAUGGCCGGCUGUCAGAACAUCUGGAGGGCAUCCUUACAUCACACCAAUUGCAUUUGUUUCUUGAGAAUGUGAAGUCGACCCAAUAUUUGCCUCCACAUAUGCAGGAUGAGGUGAAGAAUGUAUUUGCGGGUAGUUAUAGCACGCAACUAAGAGUCAUGAUCGGAUUUGCUGCUGCUCAGCUACUUGCAACAUUGCUUCUGUUGAAACCAGGUCGGCAGUUUGCAGCAAAUAGGCACCUUUGCAGUGCUACUGAGCGAUAG